CUCGCUCUGGCGUCGUAAAGAAUACACUUCGCGCUCAUUGAUUAUCGUAGCCGAAGACUAAUCUUAUUACGUUGAAAAAAACAUGGCUUCUCUUGCAAGAAAAGCUCUUGCAGUGGCUUUGCUAGUCAUUCCAGUGAUCACACUGGCGUACAGACCCUUCCAUAUUCCUAGUAAUCUGUUUACUCCAGGACUCAAAGAUGCGAAUCUUCCUGAAGGAGUUCGUGAGAUCAGCAUUCAAACUUCAGAUAUAAAUGAUGAGUCGAUGCUCAAUUCGGACGAAUUGUGGUCUGAUCGACGAAGCCACAGAUCGAGAAGAGCAGCUCCAUCGUCACCUCCUUUAUACGUCGAGUCUGAUCUCCCAGAAGAAAAUCACGAAGUCCUUUACAAAAGUUGGCCAGGAGACACCAUUAUCCUUCUCGCUAAAAAUAAAAUUGGCGCCAAGACAUCAAAUGUGUAUAUAUCUGUGAAUUUUGGUCGAAAUUGGACCAACAUCAACUCUAAACUUCUCAAGGAUGAACGCUCAAACGCAGUUAUUGAUCAAAUUUAUGUCAGCAAAGUCAACCCAAAACUGUGUAUCUUGACUGACGUCAUUAACGGGUUACUGUUUGUUACCACUGAUUACAAAACCUUUACCAAGCAAGUGCUAUCUGGCUGGAAGCCAUCCUUCUUGACAUUUCAUCCUACAUCACAAAACAGGAUCAUGGGAUAUGACAAAACUCAAAAGAAGCUGUACCUGUCAACUAAUACUGGCUCCUCAUUUAAAUUUCUUUCUGAUCAAGUCAGGGCUUUCUGGUGGGGAGUGGAAGGUACUGAUCCAGAAACAACAAUUUUUGUGGAUAAGCUUAAAACAUCAGGUGGCAAAUCUACUGCAAUAGAAUUCAAUGAUAGUGCCAACAAUAGAACAUUGUUGGACAAUAUUGAUGAAUUUGAAGUCAUGAAAAACUAUAUGUUUGCCACACAGACAUAUGGUGGCAAGAUAAAGCUAAUGGUUUCAUAUAACAGGAAAAGUUUUGUAGAAACUAAGUUUCCUGUCACAGAGAGUAAUCGGGAUUACUUCGUGUUCGAUAUUGUUGAUGACCAAGUGUUUGUGAUCAUAAACCACCAAAAAAACGAAUCCAACAUGUACAUCUCGAACACCGGUGGUACAAAGUACACGCUGUCCAUACCCAGGGUGCUAUACCAUAACCCAUACACUGAUGUCUCUUCUCCUUGGCUCAGGACUACGGUCACAUACGCAUUUGUCGAUAUCCACAAAGUCAAAUCUAUGCGAGGAGUAUACGUUGCUACCCAACUAACUCCAGGCCCUGUGGGGAGACGUCAUCUUCUUUCCUUGAUAACAUACAACAAAGGAGGAUCAUGGGGAAGAAUUAGAUCACCCACAAGAGACGUCAACAACCAGCCAAUUUAUUGUUAUCUGCCAUCAUGUUCUCUUCAUUUCAAUUUGCUUUACGGUAGCGUCUAUCGUAUUUCGCCAUCAGAAGAUCUUCUGUCCAGCACUUCUGCGCCAGGACUUGUCAUGGCUUUAGGUGUUGCAAGUACGAAUCUCAAGAUUCACCCUGAUAUGUUCAUGUCAACUGAUGGAGGACUCAACUGGAAACGUGUGCUCCGAGGAAAGCAUCAGUACUCGUUCGGUGACCAUGGUGGAGUCAUAGUCGCUACAUACUUUAGGCGCUACACCAAAACCCUGAAAUAUAGUGUAAAUGGUGGCGAGAACUGGCAGGUGACGCAGUUUUCCCCCAGAAACAUCCUUGUUCAAGACAUCAUAACACAAGAUGACCAGAAGCUACCAGUAUUCCUGGUUUACGGGACACCCAGUGGAAGGAAGAAAUCUUGGAAAAUCUAUCAUUUUAACAUGACCAGCACUUUAGGAGCGCCUUGCCAGAGUGAAGAUUUUAUGGAGUGGAUCCCGUCUGAUGACAGAGUUGGGUAUGAAAGAUGCAUCCUGGGAAGACAAGAGCAUUAUAUGAUCCGCAACUGGACCAGGACUUGUUACCUUGGAAACAACUACAUUGGAAAUGUAAAGUCCAUCAAUAAAUGUGCCUGCACUCGAUCUGAUUAUGAGUGUGAUUUUGGUUUCGAGCGCAACGCGUCUCAUCCCAAUUGUGUCCCUGUACCAAGGGAAGACCUGAAUAAUGAUCUCAUCCCUAAAGACUGUAAAGAGGGCAGUACGUACAAGAGAUCUAGUGGCUACAGGAAGAUUCCCGGUGAUACAUGUGUCGGCGGUGAAGACUUCAAGUUCUUUCCCGUGGAUACUCCUUGCCCAGUCGAAGACUUGUCUGGUCUAGUUGUUUCCACCUCACCGUCCAAAAAGCCAUUAGGCGUGGCACCAAACACCGCCGUCACCUUUAAUGCAUCUUUUACCAAGACAGCAUAUCUACCAAACAUCAACUUCAGGUGGGACUUUGGAGAUGAUACAAGCUCUACCGGAAUAGGAAAGAAUGCUGCUGUUGUUACUCACAAGUUUAAAACGUCUGGACAUUAUGUUGUAGUUGUGACUGCCACUAACACAAAAAGUAUUCUCAUAGCAAGAGUUGAAGUCUAUGUUGAAGAAACGCUUCAACCAUCCAACGUGGUCGUGACCUUCAGCCCAGUAGACCCAACAGUCGUUCAACCCAUCACCUUCUUGGCUAAUCUUGUUGGUUUAACACGAGAAUCCGCCGGCCAUCUAACGUAUGAAUGGUUUGUUAAUGGAAAGAGCAUGCAGAAAGGAUUCCAAGCAAUUUUUAUCCAUAGCUUCAACAAGUCGAUAUCAUAUGACGUUGAUGUGAAGGUCUCGAACAUGGUUGGCUCUGCUAAGAAGAAACAAAUUGUGUCGGUAUCUAAAGAUAUCACACCGCUAGGAGUCAAGGCCGAAGCACAAAGCCCAACAUCUGUAUUUGUAAGCUGGCAGCCACCGCUGGAGUCUUCGCUGUAUAUCACUGGCUUUAAAGUGUUUAAAAGUGUCAAAACCAAAUCAGGGUUUACAGAGGCUGCUGCUGUUUCCAGCAUCCAGUUCAGCAAAGAAAUCAUUAACCUUCUUCCAUCAACUACAUAUUACUUCAAAGUGAUGGCUUUUACUUCUGCUGGAGAUGGGCCUUUCUCGGAUAUCGUCAGUGCUACAACUAAUGCCAGUGCACCAGCCAAACCCAAAAACGUUCGAGGCUAUGCUAUGAGCAGUACAUCGAUAGGAUUAGAGUGGAGCCCGCCAGAUAACGAUUAUGGGAGAGUCACAAGUUAUAAGAACCAGGCUACCCACCACGUAAUUUCAAGCAGUUCACGAACAACGGGACUUGUGUAUUUCUGAUGUGGGAGGCACCAUAUAUGGGCGCCGACAAACAGCGUCUCUUCCCAGCCAAGGGUUACAAAUUAUACGUAAACAAUCAACUAAGGUCCACGACAAGCGAGAAGACAAAGCUCCUUUGCAAUCUCAAUCCAGGGCAAACCUACAACUUCAAAGUAUCAGCGUACUCCGUCAUGGGAGAAGGACCCAAAGCUAGCUUAUACAUCACCGUUAGGGUUAUGUUGCCAACAAGCCCAAGAAGCUUCACUGCCACAGCAAAGACUUCUCGCAUCAUUAUGCUACGUUGGGAGGCUCCGUCAUCUCCCAAUGGCAAACUCCUCAACUAUGCCAUCUAUCAGCUUUUACCGCCAUCAACGAAAAAACCAAUUGGAGUCCCUCCCUCCAAGACGUCAUACGAGGUCACCGGUCUUGAACCAUACACAAGAUAUGAGUUCAUAAUAGUGGCUAAUAAUAGUGCUGGUGUUAGUAAACCGAGUGAUAGAGCCAGUGCCAUGACACAAGAAGAAAUCCCCGAUGCUCCAAAGUUUGUUACCGCGGAGUUGGUCAAACCAGAAUCUAACACGAUCCGCCUAUCAUGGUCACAGCCACAAAAGCCCAACGGGAAAAUUACUGGAUAUAUGAUCUCCUGGGGCAAGACAAGUGUAUCUGACAGUGGUGACAAAGUCGGUAAACAUCAAAAUAUUAUUGGAAACGUUUUGACGUUCACCUUCAAACACCUGUACAGCAAAACAGAGUACUCGUUUUCUGUGAGGUCAAAGAAUGGAGCAGGACAGAGUUUGUCGUUCAGCAAGCCUGCCAAACAGUACACACAACAAGCUCUGGAAGGAACGAAGCGUCUAGAAAUACAAUUCCAAGGACAAAAGGAUACUGCUGCGGACAGCUUCCCGGAUGACUUCAUCGACGCCGUAAGGAGACAGGCUCGUAUACCAUCAGAACGGGUCGCAGCAUUGUUCGUCAAAGCUAUUGCUGUAGAGUUCGAAAUCUUACCAAUCCUCAUAGCUAACGAACGCAAUGAUAGAGAGCUACUGGAUAAAGACAGCAAAAGUAAAAACAGGAGUAAGAAUGUUAAAGAGGAAAAGAUGCGUCUUGGAGAUCAUGACGAAUUGGCCCUUAUUUAACACGUGACCACUGAUCCUAGGCUCUCAUUGGUUUACAACAGCGUAACAGGUGACAACUGGUUUGGCUUCCAAUUUUAGAUUUUAUUUGGUCAACUAAAACACGUGACUGUCUCCUAGAUUCUCAUUGGUUUAGCUCAGCAUAACACGUGAGGUUUCUGAUUGGCUCGAUUAAUCACGUGAUAAUAGGUCUAAAUUAGUUUAAGGAGGUAUUUGGUAGAUAUUUUUUUAGCUUAGAGUUAUCUUAGCUGUUGGAUAUUUUACUUGCUUUUUUAACGGAGAUUCRGAAUUUACUUCAUGUGUGGCCCAUCGUUUUGUACUCUAUUGACUUUGAUUGUAUUCGAUAGGAUUCGAUAUUUAAGAGACCAUGAAGGGCGAUCCUUAGUGACUUCUCACAAUGCUUGGACUAUCCUUAUUUCCUUGGCCUAUUUAAAAAAAACCUCAUUAGACCUGGUGUAAAACUCAGCUGAUGAGAUAGGCAAAGACUCGUCAAGUGAAAUCAAGAAAUAUCUGGCUUUAGAUAAGUACAAAGCUAAGUACAAAGCUAAGCUAUCCGAUGAUCGUAUACCAGUAUACACUCAAUUGAAGAAUUGUUGUCGGGUUCAGAAACAUAGAACAUAGAAGCUGAGACCGAAAUGGCACAUGGGGAGUAAAUAAGCGGUUUCGUCUACGCUGCAACCUAUAAAAAUGCGGAGCCCGAACGGCUCUCAAACGCAGGUCUUCUGAAUACGCGUUUAGAAUUCUAAACGGACUGCAUGGAUGACACAAAUGAAUAAAUUAUGAUAUAAAUAUGUCAUUUCCCAUGUGCCAUUUCGGUCUCAGCUUUUAUGUCCUAUGUUUCUGAACCCGACAACAAUUCUUCAAUAGAGUGUAUUCAUAGUAUAGUACAAAGCGAUAUGCCACAAAUGAAUGAAACAUCAAACGGUAUUUAUUUAACGUCUAUUCUCCCAGUAUUCUUCACAUUUGAGCUCUUGGGACAAUUAACAUUACCGAUAUUCAAAGUAUAAGCUCAAGUUUUCUUAGUAUAAAGUAGUUGGACCUAUUUUUUCUUAAAACAAUUUCUCAUAUAGCCAUUAUGAUGCAUUCUGGUCUAGUUUGGAUGAAAACGUCAUGUUUGAACUUAAAUAAUCAAGGUCGUAUUUUGUAGUACCGUCUAAAGAUCUUCAUCUUCUAACGGAGAACAAGUAAUUUGUGUAGUUUAAAGUAAAAUUUAGUUUUUCUAAAGAAAGAAGCUGUAAAUUAGAAGCGUAUGUAAUAUUUUCGUAGUAGAGAACAUUUAGCUCGAAAAUCCGGGCGUGUAUCCAUGAUACUUACUAAUCUCGGCAAAUCAUUCCUCCCUCCCCUCCCCCUGCACGUUACAGAUAAUCUGUCAAUAGGAAGAGUAGCCACAGGCACCCCAUGCAGUGUCGAGUGUCAUAUCGUGGGAGGAAUAGCUUGAAACUAGACAGUCGUGAAAAUGAUGCCACGAACUUGUAAAUUUCCCAGUGACUUUUGUUCAUUCGGUUAAAAUCGAGCUGCAUUACAAAUAUUAGAAAUGUUUAUGUUAUCCAGCCUGGUCAACAGUUUUCCUGUCUCCCCAGCCCCUUCUCUCGAUAUGAAACUCGGCGAUGAUCUCUAGGAUAUAGCCUUGGGAUUGAAAGAAGUCUCACAUGAGGAUAAAAAAAGUUUUAAAAACGAUUACUGUCCCAUUACAUCGAUGUGUACCUCUUGUCCAAUCAAUGUAGAGUACGAAAAGGCACGCAUUGACAUUGAAAUGGCUUUCGAUUGACAUUGAAAUGGCUUUCGAUUGACAUUGAAAUGGCUUUUGAUUUUACGUCUUUUCCAAUCAAUACUCGAAUGCGGUUAUCUAUUUUGGCAUAAAAAUGUCUUGUGGGUGGAA